AAAAGUCAUGGGUAUUCUUAACCCAGUUUGCACAGCGACAGACGGUAUCCGAGUGUUCGCACUUGCAUACGCUUCUAGUUAUAGCGACUUGUCUUCGAGCUAUAAUAUCUUGAUCAAAUCGGACGACUAUCCAAAUGAGAACGUCCAGUACAUGACCUGGUCCUUAAUCAGUGCUGUCCCUCGCGAUCCAUACUAUUAUCUCAGUGAAGUCAACACCAAUGGUCUUGGAUAUGGUUGUGCAGUUGAUAAUAAAGGGGUCUUUACAGCUCUAGCACGCCUAUCACAGCAAUCCAAGUCUGCACCACAGGACACAGUCGUUAGAGGGAUCCAAUACACGCCUGGUAGUGCAGGAGCAGCAGGCACAUGGAAGAACAUUGAUGUCUCUCAGCCUUAUGUUUGGCUCGAAUCCGCCAAAGCACACUUGUACAACUUGUUGGAUCCAGUAACGAAUCAAAACAUCUUGAUGCAUGCCUCGAUCUCGACCCAAGGAAGUGAUACUAGAAUUAUGAUGGCCUCGUUCAACCCUACCACCAACGUCAUGGAACAAAAUGCGGCCCCUUGGAAGUUGCCAUAUGUCACUAGGUCUCUCACAUUCGGGGCAAAUAAUACAUUGUUCGUGUUGGGCCAGAAUAUGUCUGCCCUACAGUGGGACAGUACUAUCUUGACAAAGGUCCCUGUUACGCCUGGAUCCACGACCAUGCCAAACCCCUCAACCUUGACGUAUAUAGACGGGUAUAGUUUAUGGGCCCCCUGCGCUACGGAUUAUCCUGAUGUCAAUAUGUGGCCUUUUAAUAAAGGCGCUGCAUUAUCGUGCAAAUCCAAGUUUUCUGGCCCUGCCAGCACCAGGGUGUUUACGACGGACGGGACUAGUCCAAUUAAAUCCCUCGAUGUUUUAGGGUAUUCAGGCACGUUUGACAACGUACGCACGAUCCUCCUUGUCCAGGGUGCAGCCCAUCCGUUCUUGUUCAUGUAUAACAGCUCGGGCCUUUAUAGUGCCCCUCUGUCGGGAUACCAGUUCGCUAAAUGGGCCACCUCACCAAAUAGGAUCAGUAUUCCGGACCAGUAUGGCCUCCACGUAGAUGACCCCUCAUCCCCUAAUCCAUCCUCAACCAGAAGUCCUCGACCAACCGAUACUACUACAGACGAUAGAAGCAGCAAUGGAGGCAUGAUUGGGGGGAUAUGUGUAGGCAUCGCAGUGGUCGCGGCUGUUGCAGUGUUUCUGUUUAUACGCAAGCGGCGACAACAGAACAAGAAUGCGUUUAAGGGUUUGGCAGAUUCAGAAGGUAGCAACGCGGGCUUGGAAGGCAGCAAUUUGCUCCCGCUACAACUGCCUAUUGAGCGAGCCAUGAAGUCUGAUGUCACGGACUCUUGGGCUUCACGUCCAAUAGAUCCAUCCAAUCCUAGUCAGUUUGCUUCAUCUUCAACCUAUACCCCUUAUACUAACAACAACCUCAGCCAUACCGCCAAUGCCAACAAUCCUCCAAUCAAUGGGUCCUACCCAAUGGAUCUGCCUGCCUAUACCGAGAAUACGGCUGGACCACAUGCGGUACUUCCACUCCCUCUUCAUGAUCCACAUGGAAUUCAAAUAGCCUCACCCUUGAAUCGUGAAGUCUUGAGCCUACCACCAGCUUCUUCAAUUUCGGAUGCUAUUUCAGCAACACCGUUGUAUUGGGAGCCCAAGCCAUUUGUUCCUCCAGGGCCAAGUAAUAACAAUAAUAACAACAAUGUCAACACAAACAAUCAUAUUAACAAUACCAAUAGUAUCCAAAGUGGAAGCAUGAGUGUGGCUUCACCGCUAACUUCGGGUCUUCCGAGUGUACCCCUUUUCUGGGAGCCCAGACCAUUUGUUCCGCCGACUCGCAACGAUACCAAUGUCGCCGCCAUUAAUAACAAUAAUAACAAUAAUAACUUUAAUAAUAAUAAUAAUGUUAAUCACAAUGAGAGCAGUCCGGAUUUAAUGUCAACAGCAUCGACUUUGGUCCAAGACUCUCCAACACGUAGUCCUCAAUCAAGAGAAAUCUAUGCUGAGAAUGAGCAAGAUUUGCCACCGCGAAUCGCUCCUGCAAUCCCACAACACUCUAGGCCAAGCGGAC